AUGGCAGUCGAUGAUGAUGGCACAGACUUGGACGCCGCUUUAGAAGCUUUGAUGUUGGAGUUCGAAGUUGCUGCAGAGUUACCUGUGGUGCUGCCUAGCUGUGAUAGCCAGUUGGCACUGUUGCCUGUCGAAGAUCAAGCUGCAUCGCCGCCUCCCAGCCGGCGGCGGCGUCUCUCGAUUGAUUGGGCGACCAAGGUCUCCUCUUGGGUGCUUCCACCCGGCGCCAGCAGCGCGGUUUCUACUUUGACAAGUCGCCAAAAGUCUGCCUUUCGUGAUCAAUGGUGUGUCCGCCUGUUGCGCCGCAUGCCCCAUUUGAAAGCCACCAGCUAUACUGACGGCCUUGCGCGAGCCAAAGAGUUGUGGCAGGGGCAGCCAUCUGAUCACAAAACCGGCUGGUUCUUGCACAUGGCAGAUAGCAGCCAUCCAGCACCGCCGUUCCCAGCAGAGAGCACGUUUGGUGACAGAUCUGGUGGCGCUAGCAGGCGUGGCGGGGGCACCGCUUCAUCUGCAGCAGGUCGUGCAACUUCUCAGAUGACGGAUGAACGGCUGCAUGGCUUUCUCUUGACUUACAAUGGCUCCUGGGGAGCUGGCACUCCAGAGGUGGAUGCUUUGGCCAUGAUGCAAGGCACCCACAAUGAAUUGGUUGCUGCAGUGCGACAGUCCGCCUUUUACGAAGCCUUGUGGCGUGAGUUUGUUCUGCGUGAAGAGCUCGAUACCUUGAAAGCCAAGCGACAAGAGCUGCGCAAAGAAAUCAGUGCCACUUGGCGAGUUGGGGGCGUGGCAUCAGUCAAUCGGCAGAACUUGAAGAAUGCACUGAAAAAGCAGCAGAAACUUGUGAAGACAGCAAAGCAGUUGAGUCUGAGUGAUUUGCGGAAGUUGGUCACCGCUGCUGAAGCAGCGCAAGAUUAG